CAUUGAAUGAAAGUUAUGGGGACGCGAAAAGUUUUGGUGACAGGAUGCUCCUCUGGAAUUGGUUUGGCGGUGGCUGUCCGUCUAGCAAAAGAUGAAUUAAAGCGCUUCAAGGUAGUGGCCACUAUGAGGGACCUGGAUAGGAGAGAAUCUCUGGAGAGAGCAGCUGGAGAAAGCCUCAACAGAUCCCUGGAGAUCCGACAGCUGGAUGCCACCUGUGAGGACUCCAUCAGAGAGUGUGUCAACAGCUUGUCAGAUCGACGAGUGGAUGUGUUAGUGAAUAAUGCUGGUGUGGGUAUGAUUGGUCCUUUGGAGUGUCAGAGUGUAAGUGAUAUGCAGGAUCUCUUCAACACUAACUUCUUUGGCCUGGUGAGAUUGGUGAAGGAACUGCUGCCUGACAUGAAGCAGCGUCAGAGUGGACACAUCGUAGUGAUGAGCAGCGUCAUGGGCAUCCAGGGACUACUUUUCAAUGAUGUAUAUGCUGCCUCUAAGUUUGCUGUAGAGGGGUUUUGUGAGAGUCUUGCUGUGCAAGCUAUGAAGUUUAAUAUCAAGAUGACGUUAGUGGAGCCAGGCCCAGUUGUAACAGAGUUUGAGAAGAAAGUGUAUGAAGAGGCAGAGAAGAUGGAUCUGUCAGAGACUGAUGAGGAAACGGCUCGCAUCUUCCGUCAGAUCUACCUGCCAUAUUCACGUAAAAUUUUUAACUCCAUCGGGCAGACACCUGAGGAUGUGGCAGAGCAAACUCUCCAGCUGAUUGGGUCCAAGAAUCCUCCAUUUCGUCAUCAGACCAAUCGUUUGUACAUGCCACUGACUGCCAUGAAGCAUGCUGACCCUACAGGGCAACUACCCAUAGAUGCAUUCUAUAAAAUGAUCUUCCAGCAUGACCGUAUGUUCAAUGCUACUCUGAGUAUUCUACGCAUACUUCACAGGAGAAUGGGUCAAGGUGCUGGCUAAAAAGCUCUCAGAGGAUUUUGAUGGAGAAAACCAAUUCAGAAACAUCCCAGGGACCAUUUCAUGGCCCAAAAAU